CCAUUUUGUCAGUCGCCAGUGGAUCCCGCGCGCUGGAGAAGUGCGGUUCCCCCUGGUUACUAACUGGUCCGUUCUCCCUUCGCCUUGCGGGCGCCGUCGAAGAGCACUCACCACAGAUACAGCCGUUCCUCCCUACAGUGCCGCCGCCGCUAUUGCAUCCGGCCGGAGCUAGUGCGCUGUCUUCUUCCCCCACCACUGACAGGCGCCCUUAGGGAGCCGCCGUCAGAGAUGUCAAGCGAGGAAAGCUACCGGGCCAUUCUUCGCUACCUGACAAACGAGCGUGAGCCGUACGCUCCGGGCACCGAGGGCAAUGUCAAGCGUAAAAUCCGCAAAGCAGCCGCCUGCUAUGUGGUGCGCGGUGGGACCUUGUACUACCAGCGGCGGCAGCGGCACCGCAAGACUUUCGCGGAGCUGGAGGUGGUGCUGCAGCCCGAGCGGCGCCGGGGGCUCAUCGAGGCGGCGCACCUGGGCCCGGGCGGCACUCACCACACCCGGCAUCAGACCUGGCACGACUUGUCCAAGACUUACUGGUGGCGAGGUAUAUUAAAGCAAGUGAAAGAUUACAUUAAACAGUGUAGCAAAUGCCAGGAAAAAUUAGAUCGGUCCCGUCCAAUAUCAGAUACUUCAGAAAUGUUAGAAGAAUUGGGAUUAGACCUUGAGUCUGGAGAAGAAAGUAAUGAAUCUGAAGAUGAUCUGAGCAAUUUUACCUCAACUACAGCUGCAGCCUCCAAGCCUGCAAAAAAGAAGCCAGUAUCCAAACAUGAACUUGUGUUUGUUGACACCAAAGGAGUGGUGAAACGUUCUUCUCCAAAACAUUGUCAGGCUGUCUUAAAGCAGCUCAACGAACAGAGACUCUCCAACCAAUUCUGUGAUGUUACUUUGUUAAUUGAGGGAGAGGAGUACAAGGCUCAUAAAUCUGUUUUGUCAGCUAAUAGUGAAUAUUUUCGAGAUCUUUUUAUUGAGAAAGGAGCUGUUUCCAGUCAUGAGGCAGUGGUGGAUCUUUCUGGUAAGAAUUUUCUAAUACUGUUGCUUUUUGUGUAUAAAUACCUACUAGAAGAUGGGUGUGUGUAUGUCUUAGAAUCUCAGGGUGUGUGCUGCAGUGGGAGAAGCCCACUUAUAGAAGACUUACCAGAACAAAAUGGAGGCCCUGUGCCUCCGGUGGCUAGCAGCGAGGGGACCGCAACAACAGUAUCUACUGAACUUGGGGGUUGUGAAAUUGUACUAUUGGUGAAUGGAGAAUUGCCAGAAACUGAGCAGAAUGGAGAGCUAGGACAGCACUCUGAACCCCAGGUUUCUUCAGAGGCUGAAGCCACUGUGUCACCUGCAGGCUGUAUAACUGGUUCCCAUCCUGAAAUGGAGUCUACUGAUUUAGUUACAAAAAAUGACGAGACGGCAGUAGAGACUUUAAACAGAGAAGAUAGAGCAGUUUCUGAUAUUAAUCCCAAACUUUCAAAAGAGAAUGUGAUCAGUAACUCUCCAGAAGACAGUGAUAUGGGAAAUGACCCAUCAACUGAAGAUAUCUGUGCUGAAGACAUGCCAGAGCAUAUGCGGAACCUUAGCCAGUCUUUAAAAGAUCAGGAAAAUCUAGUUGCACUGACAGCAAAGCCUGACCUUAGCACUGAUGAUGAAACUUACAGAAGCAGGCUUCGGCAGCGUUCUGUUAAUGAAGGGGGGUAUAUCCGACUACACAAAGGAAUGGAGAAAAAGAUACAGAAACGGAAAGCCAUUCCCAAGUCAGCAGUUCAACAGGUAGCUCAGAAAUUAGUUCAAAGAGGGAAAAAAAUGAAACAGCCAAAAAGGGAUACAAAAGAGAAUACUGAAGAAGCAGCAUCCCAUAAGUGUGGGGAAUGUGGAAUGGUUUUUCAGAGACGAUAUGCCCUUAUAAUGCAUACACUGAAACAUGAAAGAGCUAGAGAUUACAAAUGUCCGUUGUGUAAAAAACAGUUUCAGUACAGUGCCUCCUUGCGAGCACAUCUUAUUCGACAUACCAGAAAAGAUGCACCCACUUCAUCCUCUUCCAGUUCCACGUCUCAUGAGGCAUCAGGAACGUCGUCUGAGAAGGGGAGAACCAAGCGAGAAUUUAUAUGUUCCAUAUGUGGAAGGACAUUACCUAAAUUAUAUUCUCUUCGAAUACACAUGUUAAAGCAUACAGGUGUAAAGCCGCAUGCGUGCCAGGUUUGUGGAAAGACUUUCAUCUAUAAACAUGGUCUAAAAUUGCACCAGAGUCUCCAUCAGUCACAAAAGCAGUUCCAGUGUGAACUAUGUGUUAAGUCAUUUGUUACCAAACGGAGUCUUCAAGAACAUAUGAGUAUUCACACAGGAGAGUCCAAGUACCUUUGCUCAGUUUGUGGAAAGUCUUUUCACAGGGGCUCUGGCCUCAGCAAGCACCUAAAGAAACACCAGCCGAAGCCUGAAGUUCGAGGCUAUCAUUGUACUCAAUGUGAAAAAAGUUUCUUUGAAGCUAGAGAUCUUCGUCAGCACAUGAACAAACAUCUUGGUGUGAAGCCAUUCCAAUGCCAGUUUUGUGAUAAGUGCUAUAGUUGGAAGAAAGAUUGGUAUUCCCAUGUGAAGUCUCAUUCUGUCACUGAGCCUUAUAGGUGUAAUAUAUGUGGCAAAGAAUUUUAUGAAAAAGCAUUGUUCAGAAGGCAUGUGAAGAAAGCUACCCAUGGAAAGAAAGGAAGAGCGAAGCAGAACCUGGAACGGGUGUGUGAACAAUGUGGAAGAAAAUUCACUCAGCUGAGAGAGUAUAGGAGACACAUGAAUAAUCACGAAGGAGUUAAGCCAUUUGAAUGCUUAACGUGUGGAGUAGCGUGGGCCGAUGCCCGAUCUCUAAAACGCCACGUCAGAACCCAUACCGGUGAGCGGCCCUACGUCUGCCCUGUAUGUAGCGAAGCCUACAUAGACGCUCGGACCCUCCGUAAACACAUGACGAAAUUCCACAGAGAUUAUGUGCCUUGCAAAAUUAUGCUGGAAAAAGAUACCCUUCAGUUUCAUAACCAAGGAACCCAAGUGGAGCACGCGGUCAGUAUCUUAACCGCAGACAUGCAGGAACAAGAGAGCAGUGGUCCUCAAGAACUCGAGACGGUGGUCGUGACAGGAGAGACCAUGGAAGCACUCGAAGCCGUUGCCGCUACGGAAGAGUGUCCCUCAGUGUCUACGCUUUCUGACCAAAGUAUUAUGCAAGUGGUCAAUUACGUGUUGGCACAACAGCAAGGACAGAAGCUGUCUGAAGUUGCAGAAGCGAUUCAAACUGUUGAAGUAGAGGUGGCACAUAUUUCAGAAGCGGAGUGAAUAUAGUCCUGGAGAUAAAAGAAGGGACAUGUCGUCGUAUACUGAACUCAUGGAACAUUUGUUUACAUGCUGAUGGGACUGUCUGCCUAGAGCCUGUGUGUCAAGGCUCUGGGCUCUUGGGUGCGGUUUUAACAUUUCUAAAUGACUUGUCUGGCUGAUAUGUUCUGUUAAAAAGUCCAUUCACUUACUGUAAAGAAAUUGGAAACAAAUCUCCUUGAUGGCAGUGGUUUAUCAUGGUGUACUUUUUAUGAAUUGAUGUUUAUAAAGGACUGUACUAAAUUAAAAACUGUAUAGUUUCACUUGCAUUUUGAUGUUAUUAUAUACUUUGAGUUUAAAAGGCUGCACCUAGUGGGAUUUUCUUCUUUUAUUCUCAAAAUAGGUUCUGUGAUUUCAUUUGCCCUGUUUAUAGGUUAAAAAAAAUUCUAAUAUAAAGCAUUUUAGUAGGAUGCAUAGGUAUAUUACAUUUUUAAAAUGCUUCAGAUCUGUGAUUCUUAUUAUUUAUUUUAAUCCCUCAUAAGUCAGGGACUUAUUCUGUUUUAAAGCACUUAAUGAGUUACAUGUUGUAAUCAAGUUUGCACAGUAUACUUAUCUAUAUGGGGAGCCCUUAAAUAAAUAGCUAAUUUUUUAAAUGCAUGAAAUGCCUAUUAAAGCCUUACUAUAUUACUAUCUCUUCAAGGCAAGUAAAUUGACCAUGAGCAAAGAACACUGUUAUUAAACACUGUUGAUGGGAAAUUUCUUCUUGAUAACAUGGGACAAUAAAUGAAAAAAAAAACUCAUUAUUUUGCUGAAAGAAUGAACAAGUUAAAACUAGACUUGGUAUGUUUGCAGCUUUUGUAUCAUGUUUAAUUAUUCAAUUUUGUUGAAAAAUUGCAAUUUAGAAAUAGGAUAGCAACAUAGACAUCUAAAGUGGUCCUGAGGAUACCAUAUAAUUGUCGAGUAACUUAAGAAUAGUCAAGUCUUCAGUUCAGCCCUCAUUAUAGUAUACUACUCAAAGAAAUUGAUUAUGGCCUACCAAAUUAUUGGAAGUAAAUUAUUUUUAAAAUUUACUUAUGAAUUACAUUAGAUUGUGUAUUUAUUUUUAAAUUCCCACUUCUAGAAGCUAUCCAAUUUUCUGAUUUUCAAAAUAACCCUAGGGAGAUGCCACAUUUCUCUCCUGUGGGAGACUACCACUCAAACUAUAGCUGUUAAAAUUAAACUUUUUAAGUAUUAGCAGCUAAUAUAAGGUAAAAUGAAGAUAAGCAAAUCACACAUAAAUCAUUCCUAAAGCACAAGAAAAGAAUGUGCCUUGAUGUACAUAUAUUAAGAUACAUAUUCCAGUUAACUUUAAAAAUAGCUUAAAAGAUAAAAAAUAAAUGUGAUGCCAUGCAUGCAUUAUACCUGCAUAUGUAAUAUUUGCAUUUGCAAAUUUCCCACUGUUUCUAUAGCUGUGUGGCUGACAUUGAAUUUUAAGUGAAUUGACAUACAGUCUGUGACUUUAUAAUGUCUGCUUGUUUAUCAUAUCUUUCAGUUAGUGAAAAUGUAUUUCAAUCUGACUAAAAUUUGGAAUUGUCUUUUAUGUUCCAUCUUCACUGUUGUUACUAGGUUUAGUUAAUUGUAUAAGACCAUUGAUGUAUGUCAACAAUAUGUAAAUAAAAGGUGUCGAAUCUUGUUAAAAUGCA